AUGGGAGGUGACCUGUUGAGGAGAAAUCAGAACCUGUACUAUACUUACCAUAGAAAUAAGGGGCGUACCACUGAACAAUGCAAGAUGCUAAAAGAUCAUUUAGAGCAGUUGGUAAAUGUGGGGUAUUUGAAAAAGUUUGUGGUGGACCUUAGAAAUCAGAAGGCCGGGCAGGGUACUCGACCUAGGGGUAAUGCUCUCCCACCCCCAGUGGGAGUGAUAGAGGUCAUCCACGUGGCAUUAAGGUAUACCAUGGUAUCCAAGAGGAGAGGGAUACUAGCCGUGGUUUUGGUAGAAGGUUGCUCGGGCAGACAACCUCCUAAGAAAAAUUUGAAGUACACUCGAGAGCCCAUUGCCUUCAAUGACGACGAUCUAGAAGGAACGAUUCAAUCGCAUAAUGAUGCUUUGGUGCUUAGAGCCCAGAUAAAUGGUUUUAUAGGGAAGAGGGUUCUGAUAGAUUAG